AUGGAGGAGAUUUUCGGGGAGGAAGGGGAGUCGGCCUCCCCUGCGCUCUGCGAGGAGCUGGUUUCGGGGCUGGCUGCAGGGCUCUAUGGAGAGCUGGAGCGGCUAGUGGGGGCCUACGGGCGGGGGGCAGUGGCCGGGCUGCUGCCCCAGCUGGUCUCAGUGCUGGAGGCUCUGGAGCGAGCCGGGGGACAUAUCCGGGAGCGGGAUGAGGCGCUGGAGCUGCUGCGGGACGACCGGCUCGGGCUCCUGGGCCAGUACGAGCGGGAGCGGGCCGGGCGCAAGAGAGCUGAGGAGCGCUACAUGGAGCUGGAGGACGCGGUGGAGCAGGAGCGCAAGGGGCACAAGGCGGCGCUGAGCCGGCUGGACGGGCAGAGCCGGCGGCUGGAGGAGAAGGCCCGGAGCUACGCGGACCAAUUGGCCAGCCUGGAGGACCAGAAAGUCGCCUUGCUCAAGGAGCUGUCAGCCCUGGCCCAGACCCACGGCAAGAUGGUUCAAAGCUACAAGGAGCUGAAGGCCCUGACGGUGCCGCCCCCUGCCCCCCCGGGCCCCCGGCCUAGCAGCGCUGUGUCAGCCCCCCACCGGCCUCCCCUGUUUCUCCCCAGCACCUCAGACCCCGGCUGCCCCGAGCCCCCCAAG